UGUGUGGGUGGGGAGAGUGGAGUCCCACAGAAACAGGGAAGAUCAAUUGUUGGCAGGACCAUGGAAGGGACCGAGGAUAUUUAUAUAAAUCAAGGGUUGUCCCCCAAGAAGAGGGUCAAGAAGAAAGAUCCCCCAGCAGGUGCCGAUAAAUUUAAAGAAGACAAUGAACCUGAUUAUGAAAACAUCUCGGUGAUCACAAAGAACAAAAAUGAUCCUCUGAAGCAACAAUCAGUGUCCAUCCAAUGGGCCCCUCCUGCUUCAGCUCCAAGCAAUUCUUCAAGACAUUCCUCAGUGCAAAAGUCUCUCCUGGGAAUUUACCUCUUCCUGGGCCUGGCUUUCCUGCUGUGCAUUGUCUCCGUGUCUCUGUUAGUGGUGAAAAAUUCUGAAUUUUCCAUGCACCUGAGGAGUAUGAAAAUUGAGCUGUGGAAUGUCUCUAGCAUGCUCCAGAAGGAGCAGGAUAAUGCUCAGCAACUGAAGACUCAGAUCACCGAAAUAAAGAACACCACAAAAGUCUAUAACAAAGUCUUUCAACAAAUUUUAAGAGACCUGUCGGACAGUAGUUCUAAGUUGAAUUAUUUGAAAAAUCAAUUACAAAAACUGAAAGAGGCUCAAAAAUCAGGACCAAGUUCCAAACAUAAUUCAACUGGCUAAAAAAGGAGACCAACCUAUCGUCUGGAAGACUGCACCUUUGGGAGAAGCUUUGGGAGGGCCUCUGUGUCCUUCCUAUUAUGAGCUGGGUGUGUUUCUACAUUUGUGAAUAGAAUGUAACAUGCUUUAAGAUUCUCAAAGAAAAAGAAAAAUCA